AUGUCUAAUCAAAUUGCUGGCAACGAGAGCAACAAGGAGAAUGCACCGGAAAAUGAAGAAAAGAAAAUUCCCAUAUUUUCAAUUGAAAUAUUAAAGAUUAUUAAGGAAGCCCAACAGCAACAUGGCUUAAGGCAUAAUGAUUAUCAAAGAUAUAGAGGUUAUUGCACCCGACGUAUCAGACGUUUACGAAAAGUUAUGCAUUUACAACAGGGUGAUCGAAGACAUUUUCGCAAGAAAAAUGUUACAGAAACCAAUCUGACAGAUGAAAGAGCGGUUUACAUACCAUUGAUGUUAGCUGAAAGAGCAUGGAGUUAUGCAAUGCAACUAAGAGUUGAGGCUAAUACAGAACCAAGAAAAAAAUUUCAUUUGGUGUCUAGACUAAGAAAAGCUGCUAGUUAUGCUAUACAACUACAAAAGCUUUGUGAGUCUGAAAAAUUUGAUGCUCGUACUCAACUAGAAACUCAAGCUUAUGUGGCUUGGUGUGAAGGGAUGUUGCAAUUUGAACUACAAGAAUGGAAGCCAGCCAUAGAAAACUUAAAAAAAGCUCAAAUGAUUUAUGAAAAAUUAGCUUCUGCACUAAACGAAGAAGAUGCUAUUUUAUAUAGAAAUCGAUAUGAAGAAUUAGAACCAAGCUUGCGUUUCUGUGCUUAUAAUAUUGGAAAUGAGACAGAUGUUAAUCAACUAUUACACUUGCGUAAUCAAGCACAAGGGGAUUUAUUAGUGACAUUGGAUACUUUGAUGGCGCAAACAAGAGAUUCAUUAAGUGAAGUGACUUGGAGAAAUCGUACAGUGCCCGUAAAAAAUUCUCGUGUAAGGACUUUCUUAUUAGCCAAUCGUGAUUUUAAUAGUUUGUUGGACAAAUGCACUACAUUAGCUGAAAAGAGUGAUUCAUUGGAACAACAUUUGAUGGACUGUAAAGAUGCUAUGCUAGCAAUAAGAGAUGAUAUUAAAACUGAACAGAAAAUGGAUGGUUCUUCAACUUCUUCAGCAUCAUCAUUACAGUAUCUUCAUACUUAUUUGUCAUUCAUUCGUUUGGAAAGAUCAAUACAACGUAAUUUGUUGUUAAUUGAAAGUGCAUUGGAAAAUGAUGGCAAACAAGGAACAAUUGGGAGUAAGAAACUUCAAGACGUAACUAGAUUAUAUGAGAUUUUGAUACAAAAUAUUUUGGAAGAACAACAAUUGCCUGGUUUGGAAGACGAUUCAGAUUUUCAAGAAAAAUUGAUCAUUAAAGCUAAAGCUUACAAAGCAUUUAGAUGUUAUUAUAUUGGUCAGAGUUUAAGUACUUUGCAUCGUUGGAGGGAUACAAUGGCCAUGUAUGAACGAGCAUUACUUCACAUAUCUUCUGCUAUUAAUCAAGUUGAUGAUGAUUUAAAGACUCGUUUGAGGAACUUGGUGAACACCAUUGAAUCUUCUAAAUACUGCGCUCAUGCUCAAAGUGUUCUCGAACAAGAUAAUGAGGAAGAACUGGAUAGUUUGAAAAAUGCUAAACUGCAAAAGAUGCCUUUAACAAAACGUUUGGAUGAAUACUAUGAAGAUUCAAGUAUAUUGGGUAAAGAUCCAAAUGUCAUCAAAGUACCACCUGAAAUGGAAGAAAUACCGUGCAAGCCAUUGUUCUUUGAUGUCGCAUUAAAUUAUGUUAAACUACCAGUAUUCAAGAAACAACAACCAGUUUCUGACCCAGCUAAUAAAGAAGGGAUUUCCGGGUUUGUGAAAGGUCUGUGGGGUUGGGGUGGAAAAAAAUAG